AUGAUGAUGAGAAGAGCAGAGAAUAAACUGAAUGCAGAUGAACUGACUGGCAGAAGAAAUGACACCUCACUACAAGAUAUGGCAAUUACUGCCGCGGCUGCACGAGAAGCAGAAGAAGAUGUGACAAUAAGAGCAGUACUCUCACAGCUCAUCACUGUCACUGUCUUCAAUCUGGCUUUCUUGAUAAUCAUGGAGACUGCAGCUGCAUCAUGA